GAGAGAGAGAGAGAGAGAGAUAGUGUGAUAGGUCUUUAUUCAAACCGAGCUCCCCAUGUUAGCAGCAGCAGCGGUUUAUUUUUCAUUCAGAGAGUUAGUGUUUCUGUCUGAUGCACAUCCACUGUGACUGGCGAUCCUGUUGCCGCAGACUACUGCUACCUUUGUGGUCAGAGUAACUCUCGUUGGUUCGUGUUCUCCCUGGAGGAGGCUAUCUGACUGGAGUUAAACAACGAUACAACACACCAAGUGACUACUGAGAUCCACUAGUCUUCCUGAUGAGAGGCUUCCUGCUGCUAUGUCUGCUGGCACUGGGCCAUGCCAAGCCCUACCAGCCAAUUAACGUCUUGGACUUCAUGAGGGACCAUGAAAUCAUGAUGCAGGAUGCCGAUGAUGACGAUGAUGAUGACGACAACGCCCUUACGGACUGCCCCUUCGGCUGUCAGUGCUCCCUACGGGUGGUGCAGUGCUCUGAUCUAGGGUUGCUCUCCGUGCCCGAGAACAUUCCCACCGACACGCUAAUGAUCGACCUCCAGAACAACGACAUCACCGAGGUCAAGGAGGACGACUUCAAAGGCAUUAACAAGAUCUACGCCCUGUUCCUUGUUAACAACAAGAUCUCGAAGAUCCAUCCCAAAGCAUUCCGUAACAUGGAUCGGCUACAGCUGUUGUACCUGUCCUACAACCAGUUGACACAGAUACCUGCCAACCUACCCCGGAACAUCCUGGAGCUGCGUAUCCACGACAACAAGAUCAGCAACAUCCAGAAGGAGGCCUUCAAAGGGCUCAAGUCUGUGCAUGUUCUGGAGAUGAGUGCUAACCCGUUAGCUAACAACGGGAUAGAGCUGGGAGCAUUCGACGGCAUGGAAACGCUGUAUAUCAGGAUCGCGGAGGCCAAGCUCACAGCUGUACCUAAAGACCUCCCAUCUUCACUCACAGAGCUUCACUUGGAUUAUAACAAGAUCAACAAAGUAGAAAUUGAGGACUUUUUCAGAUAUAAAAAAAUACAAAGAUUAGGACUGGGCUUCAACCAAAUCAAGUUUGUUGAGAAUGGAAGCUUCGCCAGUAUACCCAACGUCCGUGAAAUCCACCUGGAUAACAACAAACUGAAGAAGGUUCCGCCUGGCCUCAACUCACUGCGGUAUCUACAGGUGGUGUACCUUCAUGCUAACAGCAUCAGCAGUGUGGGGGUGAAUGAGUUCUGCCCUGUCCGCUCCAGUGUUAAGAAGACCUUGUAUAUGGGCAUCAGUCUGUUCUCUAACCCUGUUAAGUACUGGGACGUCCAGCCCGCCACUUUCCGCUGUGUGUCUGGACACAGAGGGGUUCACCUGGGCAACAACCGGAGGAAGUAACAUAUAUACACACACACACACACACACACACAGGGGGAUUCAGCUGGGCAACAACCGGAGGAAGUAACACACACACACACAGGGGGAUUCAGCUGGGCAACAACCCGAAGAAGUAAAACACACACACACACACACACACACACACACACACACACACACACACACACACACACACACACACACACACAGGGGGAUUCAGCUGGGCAACAACCGGAGGAAGUAACACACACACACACAGGGGGAUUCAGCUGGGCAACAACCCGAAGAAGUAAAACACACACACACACACACACACACACACACACACACACACACACACAGAUUCAGCUGGGCAACAACCGGAGGAAGUAACACACACAAUGGCAAGGUGAAGUUCUAACCAUAUGGUCAUAUCUAUCCGACAUAGUUACAGAUCUACAAGUGCCUACCUGCCUAGGGAAUUGGGUGUCUGUCAGGAUCACAAGCCAUCCUAUAGCGCCUCCUUCUGGUAGACUUCAGUAAUACCCACGUCCUCAACACACAGGAUGUUGUUGUUGUAAAGACCAACUCUUCGUUCCUCCUCAACGAGUCAACAAACGCAUCCACCCCUGUUUGUACUUCAGUGUUUUAGUGGAUAUCUUUGUUUCUUCUCUGUUUAGGAAUGAGUAUAAUCUGCUGGAUGUGUUGUCUUCUGAUUUCUUACUGACACUGCAUGCCUCCCUUUUGUAAUCUGCUAGCCUAAAUAAAACUAGUUUUCAUGGUGCUAAUAAACGUAUAUAUAUAUUUACAGAAACUAGUCAACGUUAUAUGUCUAGAUGGUGAUAAACAUAAAAUGACAGAAAAUGCUAGUCAACUGUUACAUUACAUGGUCUACAUGCUAAACGUUUCUAAUUAAAGAAACUAGUCAACUGUUACAAACGUUUCUAAUUAAAGAAACUAGUCAACUGUUACAAACGUUUAUAAUUAAAGAAACUAGUCAACUGUUACAAACGUUUAUAAUUAAAGAAACUAGUCAACCUUUACAUGUCUACAUUUGAACAUGAUUAUCUAUUGUAGCAUUACAUGUAUGUAACUGUUCUAAUUAAAUAAACUUGACAUAUAAAAUACAGAAAA